AUGAAUGAGAACGAGAGUGGGCGUAGUCGUAGUGCUACGCCCAACAACAGCGAGACCCGUGGUCUACAACAGCCAGAUGGACCCAAACAGGAGAUGGACGAAAUGGUCAAAAUGCUCCUUUCCAAAGACGCUCAAAUUGAGGAAUUAAAUAAGAAAAAUGCAGAACUAAUGACACAAAUCAUGAAAUUAACCAAUACAGUGAAGACAAUACGAGAACAAAAAUCUUCAUUCAUCAACGAUCAGAAGAAAGACCAGAAAAGAAAGAUACAGUCGGUCUUGGAAUUUUCUUCAGAUGAUAUUUCCGACGAUGGACGGACUGCUAAUACCAGGACGCUUCAGAAUAUCAGCGGGGUGAAGAUUAUUUUACUGAGUGUCGAAUUCCAACGUGCUAUCAAUAUCGAUAGCGGAAUAAGAAUCGUUCCAAAAACUGUGGAUGAUUACCGAAAGAUCAUCGACAUUUUCAAUGACCAUAAUUUUCCACCUCACACUUUUGCAUUGCCUGAAGAAAGAAAUAUCCAUGCUAUCAUACGUGGUGUACCAAUUCACUUUUUGGAUAGCGAAAUUAAACAUGAAAUAGAAAGCCUUGGGUACUCUCCUCUAGACUUAGUCAGACUAAAAAAGAAAGGUGGCGUACCCAUGCCGCUAGUAUGCGAGGUACUGCCAAAAUCAGAAUCCAACAAACAAAUUUUCAACGAAUCAAUUCUCUUUGGUCUAUCAGUUGCCGUUGAAACUCAGAAAAAUACCGGUAUGAUUGGGCAGUACCAUAGUUGUCAGCGAUAUGGCCACGCCCAAAGUUACUGCACUGCUAAACCAAGAUGCGUAAAGUGUGCUCAGGAACAUUUUACUCACCUAUGUCCAAAAAGAAAAGAAUAUUCUAAAAAUGUGCGAACAGCACAGUUUGCAAGUUUGUCCCUAAAAGGCACAUAA